ACGUGGAGCCUCGCUUACCGUACCGUACCGUAGCUCCCCGCAUUGCAGACCCCGGUUGCGCUGCGAGAGCUAGCCUGCACUUUACCGCUGAACGCUGCACGUGGAGCUGGACAACUAAACUUGCUGACUACACAGCUCCGCCUCCAGCGAGUGUCAGCUUACAGCCUGAUCGAUGCAGGACGCAUCGAGGCCAGGCGUUCGCGCUGCGCAAGAACCAUCAGUUUUGCUCUGCGUCUUGACCCUCUUUGAUUUUACGUUCACAUCGCGAUCCAUCAACUCUGACCCACGUUCACCGCUCGGGAAGACCACAUUGGCCCUACGAUGCGUCUUCUGGAGCGCUUGCCGGACGGCGCAUUCGAACUAGUGUCUUUUAGCAGCGAAAACCCCCCUCCAUACGCCAUCCUAUCGCACACCUGGGAAGACGGCGAGGAAGUUACGUACAACGAGCUGGUAGCCGGCACAGGCGAGGACAAGACUGGCUACGCCAAGAUCUGCUUCUGCAGCGAGCGAGCUGCCGCAGAUGGCCUUCAAUACUGCUGGGUCGAUACCUGCUGCAUCGACAAGUCUACUAGCGAUGAGCUCAGCACAGCGAUCAACUCCAUGUUCCGCUGGUACCAGCGUGCAUCCAAGUGCUACGUAUACCUGUCGGAUGUGUCCGUGCCGGAAGAGAUCAGCGAUGCUGAAGCCUUUCCGAUAGCUUGGCAGGAAGCCUUUCGACGCAGUCGAUGGUUCACGCGAGGCUGGACGUUGCAGGAGCUUUUGGCGCCAUCCAGCGUUGAUUUUUUCUGCAAGAAGGGCAAGCGGCUAGGCAGCAGGGUGUCGCUGGAGCGAGAAAUCCAUAACAUUACCCAGAUCCCGAUCGCGGCUCUGAGAGCGCAACCCCUCAGCAGGUUCAGUGUUAAGGAUCGAAUGGGUUGGGCGGCUAGACGCACAACAACUUUGAACGAAGACAAAGUGUACUGUCUACUAGGAAUCUUUGGCGUGUUCCUGUCACCCAUAUACGGGGAAGGCGAAGCAUACGCCACGCUGCGGCUAAAGGAGGAGAUACAGAAGCGGCAAGGAGGCCGCAGUACUGACAGCUCGCGCAACCUGUCUGUACUCUUGUCACUACCUUUUCCCCGAAACGAACUCUUUGUUGGACGAAGAGACGAACUCCGAUCUCUCGAACAGUAUCUCCUCGUCCCUAACACGCAUCAACGGAGGACAAUAUACGGGCUGGGAGGGUGUGGCAAGUCAGCACUUGCCAUUGAGUUUGCAUAUCGUGCACUGGAAACGCACGCUAGACUGGUGUUCUGGGUGCCUGCAAUCAGUCAAGAGAGCUUCGAGCUUGCAUACCGGGACAUCGGGAUCCGCCUUCGCAUCCCAGGCAUUGUUGAUAAGAAUGCGGAUGUGAAGAAACUUGUUCAGGAGACGCUAAGCUCAGCGGGUGCAGACGAUUGGCUAAUGAUUGUUGACAACGCUGAUGACCGUGAGGUACUACUUAGCAAGACGAACAGUGACUCGAAGCCGACUCGACUCAGCGACUACCUCCCGCGCAGCGAUCGAGGCGCGAUACUUUUCACGACUCGGAGCAGGAAGGUGGCUGGGGCUUUGACGCCAACUAGCUUCUUGAGGCUGGAUGACAUGAGCAAGGACGAAGCCAGGCAGCUGCUGAUACAACAAGCAAAAGAGCAGACUUCGUGUGGUGAUGAGACGGCUAUUGACGAAUUGCUGGAGACGCUUACAUUCCUACCGCUUGCUAUUGUGCAGGCUGCCGCUUUCAUGAGCACCAACGACGUGACCGCAUCUGGCUACCUAGCCUUGUUCCGAGACACUGAUGCGCAAGCGGAACUCUUCAACGAAGGCUUUGCAGACCCCAGCAGAUACGAUGAGUUGGACAGCACGAUCGCGAAGACUUGGCAUAUCUCCUUCGAUCAGAUACGCAAGCAAGACCCCCUUGCUGCAGAAUACCUCUCGUUCAUGUCAUGCAUCGACCGCGUCAAUAUCCCUCAGUCGCUACUGCCUCCCGGGGCAUCCACGGUACAGCAGACGAAAGCGCUGGGAACACUGACUGGCUACGCGUUCAUUACAGAGCGCUUACGAACGGCACAAGAGUCAGACAUCGUCAGGUUCUUUGACAUGCACCGACUAGUGCACAUGGCUUCUACUCGCUGGUUAGACGCACACCGUGAGCGUGCAGUGUGGGUGGAUGCAGCGGUAGCGCGGCUCGAGGAGCUAGUGCCGUACGGCGGGCACGAGUUCAAGGAGGCGUGGACAACAUAUCUGCCACACGCAAUUCACGUGGCUGCAAUACACGGCAUAGUAGACGAAGCGGCUAGCGCUGGGCUUUUAGAUCGCGUAGGGCGAUGUCAAGUAAGCCUUGGACAGUAUUUGGCAGCAGAGACAACACACCAGCGAGCGUUAUCGGUCAGGGCUAAAGUGCUUGGGCUUGAGCACCAACACACGCUGACGAGCAUGAACGAGGUCGCGGAAGCACUUGACAAUCAGGGAAAGUACGCAGAGGCAGAGAAGAUA